AGUCUGUGCUAUUGCCUUUCAAAUUUCCAUUCUAAAAUGGGUAUUAGUAGAGAUCAUUGGCAUAAGAGGAGAGCGACUGGAGGCAAGAGGAAGCCUCUGCGCAAAAAGAGGAAAUUCGAGUUAGGUCGCCCGGCUGCUAACACAAAAUUAGGUGCGAGAAGAAUUCAUUAUGUCCGAACGCGCGGUGGGAAUUUAAAAUAUAGAGCCUUGAGGUUGGAUACUGGAAACUUUGCCUGGGGAAGUGAGGGCACAGCUCGCAAAACUCGUAUUAUUGACGUCGUUUACAAUGCUAGCAACAAUGAAUUGGUGCGUACCAAAACAUUGGUGAAAAAUGCCAUUGUUGUUGUGGAUGCCACCCCAUUCAAGCAAUGGUAUGAGAGUCAUUAUAUGCUACCAUUGGGGAGGAAAAAGGGGAGCAAAGCACAGAGUGCUAGAGAAGAAGAUGAUGUGUUAAAUAAGAAAGUGAGUAAGAAGGUGCAGAAGAAAUAUGAAAAUAGGCAAAAGACUGCCAAAGUAGAACCAGCACUGGAAGAGCAAUUUUUGACUGGUAGAUUGUUAGCAUGUUUGGCGUCACGUCCAGGACAAUGUGGAAGAGCAGAUGGAUAUAUUCUUGAAGGCAAAGAACUAGAAUUUUACAUGCGUAAAAUUAAAUCUAAGAAAGCAAAGUAAAGUUGUAAAGAUAAAAAUCUGUUGAUAAA